UAUAGAUAAAAAAAGAAAAAAACGUUUGGGCAUGUUUCCUACUUGAGGAAAUGAAAAAGCAUUGACUAUUUUCUGUUAUUUAUUGAUAAAACGGACCUCUGCAUUGAUUCUUCCUUCUUUGUUUGUCUCGUUCUUAUUCUUUUUUUUUUUCGGUUUAUUCCCCCAACAUGGUACUGGUAGUUGGUCACACAUUAAUCCAUCACCAUACGCUGUCGACAGUGUAUUCAUCGUAUGGGAUCAAUAAUUACUGUCUCACGCAUAAAGUCUACUUUUCCAACACUUGGUGUCCACACUGUGGCCACGAUCUCUAAUGAAACCUUUCCUAACCGAUUUGCACUUUAUCAACCUCGACUCCAAGCAUACAGUAUAACAUUGAUAAAGGUAGAAUAUCCUGGAUCCAUCAUCUUCAUCUUCAUCAAGUAUAAAGUCUCACUUUUUUUUUCGUUAUCUUUGCAGAUCUCGGUGAUGAUGAUGUCUUUAACCGUUUGCACUUUUCUUUUCGCUCUUUCUCCAUAUUUUUUUUUGUGCCUGUAUGUGUAUAUAAAUCAUAGUUUUGUAACCAAUUUUCAAUUUUUGUUUGCUUGGGAUAACAGCGUGACCUGCCGAUCAUUCGAAUAUAAUUUUCACAUUCUCCCCAUAUCAUUAAAGAAAAUCUAAAGCAUGCUGUAAGGAGAUUUUUUUUUGCAAGACCAUCCAAUCACGGAAAGAUCAUCCCUUGAGGCCGUGGUGACUCUUUUGCGAAAAAGACUAUUAUAGGCAAAAGAGUUGGAUUGUGCCUAAAAAAGCGCAUUGUUUGAUACACG